AUGCUAAUCACUCGAGGCUUCUCUCUCACCAACUUCGUCAUCGGUUCGUCAGCUCUCUGUUUCCAAGUAUUCGUCCUCUAUCCGUGGCACAACAAACUCGACAGAGACUUCGAGGAGCUGAAAGACGCACACAUCUCGAUGCUGGAAAAGGGCGAGAAAGACCGCACGGAAGAACUGAAGGCCAUCCAUGAGCGACUGAGAAAUCUCGACAAAACUCGCAGAUGGUUCUAG